AGUAGUCAAAUUGCAAAAAAUCAAACAUGGCGACAUACAAUUUUGAUGGAGAAUAUGCAAGUUUCAACGAGCGUCAACUUGAAUUCAUCAGUAAUGUGAUAUCAGAACUGGAUAUCAAAGCUAAGAAAGUGGUGUUCAAAGUAGUGGGUCAAGCUGGUGAUAAUUUCAUAGGACAUGUGAGAAGACUCUGUAUUGAAGGUGAAAGUGGAAACGUGAAUAUGAUUGUCAAAGUGGCCGCGUCUACAGAAAAUGCUCGUGCGGCUACAAACGCUCACAUCACAUUCUACAAUGAACACAUCAUGUAUACAGAAGUUUUACCUAAAUUGGUGGAACUACAGAAAGCAGCGGGAGUGCCGGAAGAAGAUCGUUUAAAAUAUGCAAAAUGCUACGGGUCUUUCCAUGAACCUCCGUAUGAAACUUUAAUUUUAGAAGACUUGAAUGAUUCUAAUUAUGUCAUGUUGAACAAAUUUGAGCCUUUAUCUGACGAAUGUGUCAGAAGCAUUCUAAAAAACUUUGCUCUUUUACAUUCUCUUUCGCAAGUGCUGAAGAUUCAAGAACCAGAAACACAUGCUGAUAUAACAAAGAAAUUGACAGAAAUGUGGUCUAACGUAUUUUCGAAAGAAAAUUUCUCGGAACAAGCAAAGAUUGUAGAAGCUGAAGUUCUGUCGGUGCUUGAUGAUGAUCAUGAUAAAAGUUAUAUUGAAAAUAAGCUCCCAGAAUUCAUUGAUUUACUGGCUCAGGUACUGGCAAAAGAGGAUCAUAGAUAUUCAGUUAUUCAACAGGGUGACGCUUGGACGAAUAAUUUUAUGUUUAAAAUGGGAGGCGAAUCUAUCCAAACAAUCAUGAUAGACUAUCAAGCAUCCAGCAACGGCAACCCAGCAGUCGACCUUCUCUUCAUGUUGCUAACUUGCACCGACCAUGCAUCGAGAUCUAUCCAUUUCCACGACUGGAUGGAUUAUUAUCAUUCCGAGUUUGUCAAGUCACUAUCAGCAUUUCACCUUAAAGCUGACCUCGUGUAUCCUAGGACCCAGCUAAGCGCAGACUUGAAAAAAUACGGCAGAGUUAUGUUUUAUCUUUGUAUAACUUUCAAUACGUUCUUGAUGAGAGAUUCUAGAGAAGCUGGAGAGCUCUCAGAAGCAAUAAAGAACGUAGCUGCAGAAGAAAGGUCUGAACUGAUUAAAAAACAGAAACUUGGUGUUGAAACUAUCAAUCGUAUCAAAAAUAGAGUUAUUGGAAUUAUAAAUACUUAUGAACAGUUUGAUUUGUAUUAAAAUGUUGAAAUAAAAUGAAUAGUUUUUAUGUUACCGUUCGUUAA